AUGGAGCACGUCCAGCGCUAUGAAGAGGAGCAGAUGAGCCAGCUCCGCUAUUGGUCGCCUGCUCCCGCCAGAGCUGACGUGGCGCAUCAAGAUCCGCUCGCUGCUGACGUGGACGAUCUGUUGGAGAUUGCAGCGGCAAUAAGGCAAGUGGAUUCGGAUAAGAGCCUUGCCAGCCAAGUCAGCGACACGGGAAACCAACGAUUGCGGCUGACUCAGCAGCACCAGACAACACACGGAGGACACGUGGCAGCGGCAACAGCCUCAGAGGCGGCAAGGAGUGGGAUGGAUGAGGAGAGGAGUGCAGGGAGCAGCGAGAGGGGAGGGGCCGUGGGGCAGGGUACAGUGAGCGAAGGGAUAGUGAUGCAUGCUGGGAGUAUGGGAGGCGCGGUGGGAGCAGCAGCAGCGACAGCCGCCGCUACUGAGGCUGCAGCGGCGCUCAUUCGACCCCGUGGGCUGUACGCUGCCGGCCAAUCAGGACGCAGCUUGGGUGGGGGAGGGCGACAAGCCAGACGCAGUGAGCAGCAGCAGCAGCAGGGGGAGGCGACGAGGGGAGGUGGUUGGGGAGGAGGAGGAAGGGAAGGAGGAGGAGAAGGAGAAGGAGGAGGAGGAAGGCGGGGAGGGGGAGAGGGGGAGGGAGGGGCAGUGAGGGCAGUGGACAGUGUGAGUUUGCUACACCAGCAGCAGCCGCUGCUACCAGAGGGGGUCUCAGAGGACCACCUUCGUCGCUUCGGCUCCAUCACUCGCUCCCUCUCCCUCUCCUCCUCCUCCUCCACCCCCACUGCCGCCGCCGCCGCUGCCGCCGCUGCUGCUGCUGCAGCAGUGGCUGCUACCGCUGCUGCGGGCGCAGGCUUGGCUCAAGCUUUGUUUCCCGGGGCUGGGAGGGAGGGUGGGCGUGUGGGGAGCGAGGGCGCUGCUUCUCCUAGUCUCUCUGCCACGGGGUCAGCACACACUGCUGCCACGUCAGCAUGGGAAAGCUGCUCUGACGGGUCAGUGGGGCCCUUAGAGAGUGUGCACGAGGCUCUGGUGACGAGCAGGAGGGGCGAACGUCAGUGGGGGAACAGCAUGAGUAGUGUGAGUGAGGCGAUGGGAAUGGGCGUGAGGAGUGCGAGUGAGGGAGUGGGCGUGGGGGUGGGGCGUGGGAGCGCGUUGGAGAGGGGGUAUGGGGUGGCACAAGAGGUGGAGGGGCGGUGGGGGUCGGAGGGCGGGUAUGUGACACGGAGGGAGAUGCAUGCGGUGCUGGCAGGCAUGGCUCAGCUGCAACACACUGUGGAUGGUGUGCUGCUUCACCUGCAGCAGCAGCAGCAGCAGCAGCAGCAACAGCAGCAAACGGGGCAGACACGGCAGCAGCAAUUUUCUGGGGCAGCAGCAGGCAGGAGCAGGGAUCCGGGCAACGAGCAGCAAAGUCUGCAAGGCCACGAGUCAUUACGGAGUCGGUCUGCAGUGCAGCAGCAUGGUUCGUGGGCAGGAGAGCAGAGCAGGGAAGGCAAGGAAGCGCCGCUGCUGCUGCCCCUGCCGGCAGUGCUGCUGCUGUCCGCCCUGGUGGCCCUUGUCCAUGCCGUCUGGUCCACCUGCAAGUGGGGUGUGGGGCUCGUGUGGCCGCUGUGCCUGCUGCUGCCGCUCAUGCACCGCAUUGAGCACCACUGCCGCCUGCACUGCCAGCUUUGGACUGGAGCUGGAGACAACUUUUGA